AUGGAUCCGUAUGAUAGCGACUCCAGUGCAGACGAGGAUCUCACCGAGACCAAUGUCCUGCUGGGUUACGCCGACGAGGAUGUGAUUGAAGACACAAUCAGCCAUCUGGGUGGGUGGCCAUCAUGGAUCGACGAAAACACUCCACCCCCGGGCGAUUACGCCAACUGCAAAGUGUGCAAUAGCCCGAUGCUCCUCCUUCUCGAAUUGCACGGCGAUCUGCCCGACCAUUUCCCCAACAAUGAGCGCCGCCUGUACAUAUUCGGAUGCCCUCGGAAACCAUGUAAUCGCAAGCCAGGCAGUAUACGGGCAUACCGUGCUACUCGCAAGGUCAGUCUCCCCGGCCUACCCCUGCCACAGCCGCAGGAGAAGAAAAAGCAGCCGCAGCCGCAGCAGCAGCCACAGGAGAAGUCUAAGCCAACACUGGAUCCUGUCGCACCGCCCAAACCCAAGCUGGACCUGGGAGCAAGUCUUUUUGGUGCGACGUCGUUGACGAGCAGUGUCUCCGCGAAUGCGAACCCAUUCUCGCUCACUCCUAGUUCCAGCUCUGCGGCUGCGGGGGCGGGCGCCAAUCCAUUUGCGAUGCCUAAGCCAGCAACGCCCGCUACCCAAUCUCCUGCCACGACUUCCGCGGACAAGCUUGCUGAAACAUUCGCCGAUAAGGUCCGGAUUUCUUCGCCCGCCCCCAUCAGCGCCUCUGGGACUGCGACCAAGCAGACUCCCGAGUCAAUGGGCGCCCAGGCGCCGUGGCCCGCGCAAUCUGCCUUUCCGGCGCCUUAUCAAAAAUACUACCUCGACGCUGAGUACGAGACCAUGUCACGGCCCUCCACACCUACGGUCCCUGAGAACGUCAGCGUUGAGCCAAUGGAAGAGGAAGGUGCCGGUGGCGAGGGCGACGCUGACAUGAAAGACACGUUCGAGUCCGGGAUGGAUAAAGCGUUCAUGAAAUUCUCUACCCGACUUGCGCACAAUCCCGAGCAGGUCCUCCGCUACGAAUACCGCGGAACACCCCUUCUUUCGUCUUAUACAGAUCAAGUCGGCAAGCGUUUGCAUCCAGAGCACAGCGCCGGUCGAGUCACGACUGUUGGAGGCGGGAGCAUGCCUCCCUGCGAGUACUGCGGUGCGUCUAGGGUAUUUGAGGUGCAAUUGGUGCCUCAUGCUAUUUCCAUGCUUGAGGACGGCCGUGAAGGCGUUGGACUCGGAGAGGGUGAUGCAGGCAUGGAAUGGGGCACGAUCAUCAUGGGUGUCUGUGGACAGGAUUGUGCACCUGAAAAGAUUGGACAGCUUGGCUGGCGGGAAGAAUGGGCCGGCGUUCAAUGGGAGGAGAUGAAAUGA